UCACCCAACUCGUCCUCGACUCCUCGAUCUGAAUCGUACCACACAGACAGCCAUAGCAAGCCUCUGGCUCUUUCGUCCCAAAUAUCUUGCCUCAAUUUUUGUCCUCAGAAUUCGUGUAUAUCCCUUCAGAUCCGUCUUUCAGGAAAAUGUACGGCUUCGAGGCGCUUACCUUCAACGUCGAUGGAGGGUACCUGGAGGCGAUCGUGAGGGGGCACCGUGCUGGGCUGCUGACAGCCGCUGAUUACAACAACUUGUGCCAGUGCGAGACCCUGGAUGACAUCAAGAUGCACCUCUCGGCCACUGAGUACGGGCCGUACCUCCAGAACGAACCUUCCCCGUUGCAUACUACAACUAUUGUAGAGAAAUGCACUCUUAAACUGGUUGAUGAGUAUAAGCACAUGCUAUGCCAAGCGACAGAGCCCUUAUCAACCUUCUUAGAGUAUAUAACAUACGGUCACAUGAUAGACAAUGUUGUCCUGAUUGUUACUGGAACCUUGCACGAGAGAGAUGUUCAGGAGCUCUUGGAAAAAUGCCACCCGUUAGGCAUGUUUGACAGCAUUGCUACCCUGGCAGUUGCUCAGAAUAUGCGAGAGCUUUAUAGGUUGGUUCUUGUUGACACACCAUUGGCUCCAUACUUCUCCGAGUGUAUCACAUCAGAGGACUUGGAUGACAUGAACAUUGAGAUAAUGAGGAACACUCUUUACAAGGCGUACCUAGAGGAUUUUUACAGGUUUUGCCAGAAACUUGGGGGUGCGACUGGAGAGAUCAUGUCUGAUCUCCUUGCCUUUGAGGCUGACAGAAGGGCUGUCAAUAUUACCAUUAAUAGCAUUGGAACUGAGCUUACCCGAGAUGAUCGGCGGAAAUUGUACUCUAACUUUGGUUUACUUUACCCCUAUGGCCAUGAGGAACUUGCCGUCUGUGAGGACAUUGACCAGGUCCGUGCUGUCAUGGAAAAAUAUCCUCCUUAUCAGUCUAUUUUUGCUAAAUUAUCCUAUGGAGAGAGCCAGAUGCUGGACAAGGCAUUCUAUGAAGAGGAGGUGAAAAGGCUUUGCUUAGCAUUUGAACAGCAGUUCCAUUAUGGUGUUUUCUUUGCUUACAUGAGGUUGAGGGAGCAGGAGAUAAGGAACUUGAUGUGGAUUUCUGAAUGCGUGGCUCAGAAUCAGAAGUCCAGAGUUCAUGACAGUGUUGUCUUCAUCUUUUAGUUUAAUUUUUAACUCGUAAGAAAGGCCGAGACUUUGGUUUGGUGUGUAGGCAUGCAAAUGCUAUCGUAGCGACAAUGAAAAUAUCAUGUGCAACCAGGUGAUUUGGAGGUGGCAGACGUUGGUCUAAUAUUUCAUGUAACAUCACGUUUUGAGAAGACAAUGAUGAUAAUGAAGUCAGGAGUUCUGUUGGAUGUCUUCCCAUUAAUAUUUCCAGUGCCACCACUCCAAAGCUAUAAACAUCACAUUUUUCAGUAACUUUCAUGGUAUAAGCCAACUCUGCAUACAUGAAUAAGAAUUAUUAAAAUUGUAAAAUCCUUUGUUUUUAGAUUUAUUUAUUUAUUUUUUUUGUAUAUUUUUCAAUGCAAAGAAGUCGGUCAAAACU